CUUAUCUCCUCCCAUUUCCCUCUGUUCCUUCACAUCUGGCUGCUUUGGUAUUUCUCCAGAAGAAAAUACUGCAAAAAGCCUUGAAGAAUAAUGCAAGAGGGGGAGCGUGAUCUAAGGUAUGUGAAGAAAAGGGAGCAGAAAAUUUUGUAAAAGCAGCGAGAGAGAGAGAGAGAGAGAAAGAAAAAGAAAGAUGGGGAAAAGUGAGGAAAAAAAUCACUGACGGAAAACAGUGAGUUAAGCAGCAGAUUUCCAGGAAGAGUCGGAACGAGCAAUAGAGAAACAACAGAGAGCGACAAAAAUUGUGUCCUCGGAAAAAAGCUCUGCGUGUUUAUCCACCAGCAGGUCACAGUAUGGCACCGUUUCCUUUCUGCAAGGCGUCAUCAGGGCCGGUUAGAGUGAGCAGACUAAAACUACUCCUGUGCUGUUUUCUCCUGUGUCUUAUCAUCUACUACCUUCAUGGACGUAAAGCUGCUCUCAGUGUACGCUCAGCUCAUCCUAUAUUUCAUCCCAUGGGAAUGGACAGGGUAAGAAAAGUGACAGACAUGGCAGUGGUCAAGGAAGCAGAACCGCUAACUCCUGCAGAGACACCGUGGGGUGCUCCUUUGGUGUGGGGUGACAACCAUAACUCAGCCCGGCGCAGGGCUAAGUUUGUGCAACGGGGACUCCGCGUAGGUCUGCUGGCCCUCGUGGUGGGGACUUACGCCCAGUUCAUCAGGCGUUUCCUCUCCUCAGCUGAAACCCACUUUCUUCCUGGUCAGGUGGUCACAUACUACAUUCUCACAGAUAAUCCCCGUACUCUGGAUCCCCCCGUCGAGCUGGGGCCUGAGCGAGAGAUGAAGGUGGUUCCUAUUGCCGAGUUACCCGGGUGGGAAAGGUUGGCUCAUCGUCGAAUGACCCUGCUUGCCGAUGCCAUCAGAGACCCAAUUGACAGUGAGGUUGACUACAUCUUCUGUGCCGAUGUUGACCAGGAGUUUGUUGCUCCUGUGAGAGAGGAAAUCCUUGGAGACCUGGUGGCUACACUGCACCCAGAACUCUUUGGGAUGCCAAGAAAUGCUUUCCCCUAUGAGGUCGACGAAGGAUCAUCAGCUUAUGUGGAGGAGGAUGAAGGGGACUAUUACUACACCUCUGAGUUUUAUGGCGGGCUGGUAUCUGAGAUGUACAAACUGGCUCGCGCUUGUUCUUUGCUCAUUCUUCAGGACCAAGCUAACAGUAUAACAAUCAGCGGCCUAGAGGAGAGCUACCUGAACCGCUACCUGAUUGACCACAGGCCAACCUGCGUGCUGUCUCCAGAGUACAGCUGGUGGGAUUCUGACCUGGCUGCUCAUGUGCCUGUGCAGAGGCUAGUCUCCUUGGGAAGGCAAUGUGAGUCUUAUGAUAAUAAGCAGAGAGAGAAACACAAAUGUUGAAUUAAAAAAAGGGAAAGACAGGAACGCUCUGCUAGUCAAACCCAUAAAUGUACAUGAAGGACAAUUGUUGUGUUACAAAUGGUCAACCUUCAACAAGUGUUGCUAUGAUAGGACAGGAGAUGGAGAGAAAAGAUAAUGGAGAAGUUAACUUCACAUUUUCCAUGUAAUUGUUUGUUCUAUAAGCCAAUAAAUACAGCCUGCAAUCACGCUAAAGCAAACUGCACAAUCUGCACUGAAUUAAAGAUCCAUCUGGGUGAACAGCGAUUCCCUGCACCCCCUAUCUCAGCCACAGCAGACAAAAAGAAAUUGACCUGUCUCUUUAAACGAAAGCCCUGUCCACUCCAUUAAUGUCAGCCUCAGAGAUACUGCUCCAUUGGCUUUGUGGUCAGCAGUGAUAAGAGUCAACAGUGUAAGUGCACACUUUUCCCCACAGUGGCCAAUCAUUAACUAGAAGAGCUGCUGUUUCAAGGUUUUUAAAGAUCAGGUGGCUGAAAAUGGAUCCAGCAGGAUGUUGUCCGACCAAAUUACAUGUGUCUAAAUGUGAGUUUCGUAAGAGAAAAAUGUUUUUAAAAUGCUUCAGGGUGUACUGAAAUUUCUACUAUAGGCUGUUAUCUUUUUUUUUUUCUUUUCAUUUAACACUUGGAGUAAAAAGC